AUGCCACAUCUCAUCGUCAGUGAUGCGGUGGCAAAGCAGCUUCAUGACCUCACUAAAUCGAACAAAGCCACUCAGUCCGACGAUCGCAUACAAAGGCUGAAGGAUGAAUUGGCCAGCCCUCCUCAGCCGGAUAUGAAAGAUGCAUACUAUGAAAAGGGGUCUACCGUUCUCUCACAUCAAUGUCUUGUAGAUGUAGCUAGUCUCUCUCAAGAUGGAGACAAUCUAUCUUUAAAUAAUUUGCUACGGGGAGCAAAAGUGGCCAUACCGAUCAAACCCAAACCAGAACGGUCACCUGCUUUGAUUGAAGCAUUGCGCAAGAUUGAAUUGGAACAACAAGAAAAAGAAUACGCCGCCAUGAUGCCUUCUCAAUCAGAUAAAUCUCUUUCUUUUCUGGAUACGUUCAGAAGUGGUGGUAGCGGUAAAUCUGGCUACGGUAAAGAUAACUCUAACGAUGAUGAAGAAUGGGCAGAAGUACGUCAACAGAUCAGUGCUAUCAUAAACGUUCUCGUCAGUAUGGUCGCUGUGGCCGUUGCUGUUUGGUGGGCAGGCGGAACGGCAGAUCCGAUAUGGAAAACUCUUGUUGCCAUGCCACUUUGUUUCCUCGUCGCUAUUGCAGAGACAUUUUUGUACUGGACUUAUUGGGAAAAUCUCAAAAAGAAGAAAGAAAGACUACGAAAGAGGAAAUGAUCUCAACUUGUACAACAUAAACAUUUUGCUCGCUUGUAAUAUAAAUCGUAUAAUAUACAGAAAAGAGAAGAAGAAACAAAAAGAGUGCGAAAAGGGUACAGUCCGAUCAUCUUUGGUUUCGUGGAAAUAUGCAGGUCAGGUAUCAUCCAUCAUAAUUUGAAUAAAUUCUUGUUCGU